GCCUGUCGGGAAGAUGGCGCUGCGGCUGCUGCGGAGGGCGGCGCGCGGAGCGGCGGCGGAGUCGCUGCUGAGGCUGAAAGCAUCAUUAGCAGCUGAUGUCUCCAAGCUUGGAUAUAGUACCACAUCCAAUCACAAGUACAUUCCCCGGAGGGCAGUGCUCUAUGUACCUGGAAAUGAUGAAAAGAAAAUAAAGAAGAUUCCAUCCCUGAAUGUAGAUUGUGCAGUGCUUGACUGUGAGGAUGGUGUGGCGGCAAACAAGAAGAAUGAAGCUCGACUGAGAAUAGUAAAAACUCUUGAAGACUUUGAUCUGGGCCCAACUGAAAAGUGUGUGAGAGUCAACUCAGUGUCCAGUGGUCUGGCCGAAGAAGACCUGGAGACUCUUCUGCAGUCCCGGGUCCUUCCUUCCAGCCUGAUGCUACCAAAGGUGGAGAGUCCUGAAGAAAUCCAGUGGUUUUCAGACAAAUUUUCAUUCCACUUAAAAGGCCGAAAACUUGAACAACCAAUGAAUUUAAUCCCUUUUGUGGAAACUGCAAUGGGUUUGCUCAAUUUUAAGACCGUGUGUGAAGAAACACUAAAGAUCGGGCCUCGAGUAGGUCUUUCUCUAGACGCGGUUGUUUUUGGAGGAGAAGACUUUCGAGCCAGCAUAGGUGCAACAAGUAGUAAAGAAACCCAGGAUAUUCUCUAUGCCCGACAAAAGAUUAUUGUCGUCGCAAAGGCCUUUGGUCUACAAGCCAUAGAUCUGGUGUACAUUGACUUUCGGGAUGUAGACGGGCUUCUCCGACAGUCGAGAGAAGGAGUCGCAAUGGGAUUCACUGGUAAGCAAGUGAUCCAUCCUAACCAAAUUGCGGUGGUCCAGGAGCAGUUUUCUCCUUCCCCUGAAAAAACUAAGUGGGCUGAAGAGCUGAUUGCUGCCUUUAAAGAACAUCAGCAAUUAGGGAAGGGAGCCUUUACUUUCCAAGGGAGUAUGAUCGACAUGCCAUUACUGAAGCAGGCCCAGAACAUUGUUACGCUUGCCACAUCCAUCAAGGAAAAAUGAUCCGUUAAAUGAAGCUCUCCUCGGGUGGGCCGAACAUAUACAGUGGGCUUCUUAAAGACAAACCGCAAUACUCGAGGCAACUUGUUAGUGUGCCGGAUUGGGACCUCACUCCAUGUAUAGUUCAUGUUAAUCAUGAUUUUUGUUUCGUUUUGCUUAUUUCUUUACUGGCCAGUUAUUCCCUAAAAGUGAACUUUCUUCCUUUGGGGUCCAAGCUUAUGAUUUUAUUGUUGUUUCCUAAUGUAUUAAAAUUUGGGCUUACGAUUUCACAGGGAGAUCGAAUCUUGGGGAAGAUGGGCUGUGAAGGGAAUUUAGGUCUUCGAUGAGACAGAUCCUUCCCGAAUACAUUUACUCCCCCCACGCUUCUCCUGUCCGUGUUUCCUGCGCUGUUCAUUUGUAUAGCUGACACCACAAGUAAUCUUAAGAAAGGCCAGGCCUUUAAAAAAUAAUAACAAAAUUGAGAAGCCCUAUCCAUUUCACUAGUAAUCUGAUAAAAACCACACAGAUGGCAUAAAAGAAAAGUUAUUAAGUAUUGUAUUGGCUUAUAAUGAUAUCUUCUAAAAAUGGACUUUCAAAACUCACUGCUCUUCACCUCCGCUCCCAGGAUGAAACAGCCAUAUCCUUGAACGUCUAGAUGGUGAAUCCGAAAGCUCCCAUCUGGGUGAAUGCUUUGGGUCAACAGUUGCCAGCAAUUAAAAAAUAAAUGUGCAGAAACACAAGACCAUCCAUUCUCUUCUUUUAUUUCCCCAUUUAACUGUUUGCCACUGAGCCCAUUUCCCCCUGUAAAUGUAUGGCUGGGACAGGGCUCCCUCAGCCAUAAACUUGUAGCGUCUAAGAAGACACAAUGCCACCGAGCUGGUGCAUAUGGCCCCCUGUGAGAUUUGCAUGACAUUAGAGAUGCUGCUACAGGUCAUAUGGGUGGUGUGGUUAACGGGCUUAGUAAAGCUGUUUUGAAGAGGUUAACCCGGCCUGUAGUAAGGGUAAAUAAACAUAACAACCAGCCAUUGUUCCCUAUUCAGCAUGUACUCUUAUAUUGAAGGCUAAAGGGUAUUGAAGCAGCGGAGGGUCAACUUGUGCUUGCCAGAGGACGCCAAUGAAGUUUGAAACACCAACAAUCAGAGAUUUUGUUUCUGUUCCUCAUUAAAUCAUGAGCUUUUGUGUUGA